GUAAUUCAGCUUCUCGAUUAUUCUUUUCCAGAUGCUGAAUAUAAGAGUGCUCUUCUUAGCGCUCUUGCUAUUCUCGAUAUCCAAGCAGAUAAUGAAUGGAAAAUAUUGCUUAAUUAUACUUUUGUUUACUCUGCUAUUAUUAAGCUGGCUUGCAUACUUAUAGUUCUUCAGGCUUAUUUUGAGCGGGAGGAGGAGGUGAACGAGAAGCUGGCUGUGCUAUCUCAGAGGAUCUUGCGGAAAGAAGCACUGAAGCAUUGCUGCAAGCUCUUUGAAUUUCUGCAGCUAAGGGUCUUCCGAUUUAUAACAAUCACUAGCUCCGAGAUCAAGCCUACUUCUCUUAACUGGAUCUUCGAAGCUAGAUCCUAUAGCUUCAAGAUCUGCUAUACUACUGCUCAAGGGAAUCUUAUUUCCUAUUAUAACAUCCAGCUGCAUACUAAUCAGAUCUCCGAUAUGAUUUACAAUCUUCUCAGCCUAGCACAGCAGAGCUUUGCUGAGAUGCUCGAAUUGCUAGAUCUGGAAGCUUUGCUCCAGAUUAACUAG